UUUUAGGUGUUCAUUUGUGUUUAUGAAAUUAGUACCAGAUUCCAUCUAGGUUCCACAGCCAAGACUUCAGGCUUCUAGAAGAAAGAAAGAGAUGGCAUAUGAUUGCUCCUCUUUUAGAUGUGUUCCUUUGAACAAAACGUGGACCAUAAAUAGUUCUAAAAAGCGUGUUGGCAGCAUGGACUCCUCAACAUAUGUAUCCCAGGAUAGUGGAUUCAACGAAACUUUGAAGGCAUUUAGCCCAGAUUCUAAUGAACACCACAGUGGAUCCCUUGUAAAGAUAACUCCAACACAAAGAAAUGAAAAUUCUGAGAACAUUGAUCCAACUUUGGUGCUCUCUCCAAUCAAGAGUGAGCGAAUUUGGAUGCCUUUAACGGAUACAAAGCCAUCUUCUGUAAUUUAUGAAACUCCCAGAGUUACCAAAAAAGACUUUUCACUACGUAGGAGACUGCUUGUUUCCAAAGCCACAUCUGGUGGGAAAUCAGAUUUUUAUGCAUCAGAAGAUCCAGCGGAUAUAUUUGAAAGUAAGAAAUCUAUUCAAAUGUGUCCAAAUUUUGAAGCCAAUCUUUCCAAUGAUGUUUGUGUUUCACCAAGAGAUGCGGCAUACACACCAAUAGCAACAAGCACUUUAAAAGCAGAAGCUGAAUCUGGAACCUCAUGCAAAAAGUGGAGAUUAACCUUUGCUCAACAUAGAACCUCUACUUUAGAUGAUUCUAAAUUUGAUGAUGCCCCUUUUCCAGAAGUAGAGAACCUAUCUCCAGUUCAAUGCCUUACAGACAGUGUGACUGAUGACCGCAAUAUGAGCAUUAAUGAAGAAAACCUUUCUGAAUCACCUGGCACACCAACAUCUAACUUAAUUUCCUGUACUAAAGAAGAAUUUCAAACACCUGUUACUAAUCUUGCUGCAAAAUUUAACUUUGAUUUAUGUACUCCCAUUGGGACUCCUGAAUAUGACCUUGAAUCCUCAUUAACUGGGGAUAGUGCUUUUCACUCUCUCAGCUUUGAUAAAUCACAAGAUUCUUUAAAUGAUCACGAAGGCUCUUUCCAAGAACUAAUUCAAAAACAAAGAGAAACCCCAAAAGUUAUUCAGAGUAAAAGCCGUCCAAGAAAACUUGAGCGUUGUAAAAGAUUAUCAACUCUUCGGGAAAGGGGCUCACAGUCAGAAGUAGAGGAAGAAUGCGUAGAAACCCCAUUAUUGAGUUUAGAGUACAAAUCAAAAGUUGCAAGAGACUCAGUAGAUGAGGAAAUUGACACAUGCAGCGAGAGUUAUCUCUUAAAGGUUGAGGAUUUAACAGGGACACCUGCCUUACGUGUAGUUCGUGACAUGAUAACUCGAAGUAGUCGUAAGAGAUCACAACAGACAACCGUGCAAGAUAUUUUGGAAAAUGACAAUAGUUCAGAACUCUCAGAAAGCAUACUCACAAGGCUUAUUGGCAGGAAAAUGGGCUUAGAAAAUAUUGAUAUUUUAGCUGAAUUGAAAUAUAGGAAUUUGAACCAUGUGCUUUCUUGCAUACUUCAAGCAUUACCUGUGGAAAGUAUUUGCAGUAUUUGGAAAGUAAGCCGUGAAUGGCGUGAAAUCGUUCACCAGGAUAGAAGUUCAUAUCAGAGGCGAAAAGGGUUUCUGAAAAAGUUAAAGGCUGAAGCUGAGGAAGGAAGAUUGGUAUCAUCUGAAGAUUCUGUCACCAGAUUAAACCUUUUAACACGAUCCGCUUUAAAAUCUGUUCAAACUCAGGCAAGGUCUGCAUUUCAGACUCCAAACAACUCUUUGACUCCAAAAGAUACUAGUUUUACUCCUCAGUCAUCUACAAAGCAUCAAGAAUAUAUAAAGAUCGCCAAGACAUUGUUUACAGAUGAAGCCUUAAAGCCGUGUCCACGAUGCCAAUUUCCAGCAAAAUAUCAGCCGCUAAAAAAGCAAGGUCGAUGCAGCCGAAAAGACUGUGGGUUUAACUUUUGCAUUCUUUGCCUGUGUGCAUUUCAUGGGUCGAAGGAGUGUGCCAGUGGAUCUGCAAAAAGAACACACAAAAAGGAACCUCCACCUGGAAGUGCCCAAAGUAAGCGGAAUUUGAAACGGCUUUAAAUUAAUUUUUUUUUUCCAAUGAAGACCCUCUUUAUUGAAUAUUGUUGUGUGGAGAAUAGGAGGCUUCUCCCGAACCAAGUCAGUUUUGUUUUUUGUACAUUCUUAUGGCUUAUGUGAAUUUAGCAGCAAAUUAACACUGCUAUAUGCUCUGCUGCAAAU